GCGGUGCUUUGGGGAGCUGCACGGAAGGAGGACACUGCCACCCGCAGCCUCCCGGAGCUCACUGCAGCUGGGACAGCAGACCUCCAGCAGCACGGGGCGCAAUCGCGGCUUGAGGGGAUCCCUGCCCAGGUCCUGGGGUGGUGGCGGUGGGCAGCAGCACGGAAGGAACCAUGUUCGCAGGCUGCCCACGCCUCUGGGUCCUGGUGGUCCUGGGCUGCAGCUGGGCAGGCUGGGGGAGCCGGGGGGCCGAAGCAGCGCGGCUGAGGCAGUUCUACGUGGCUGCUCAGGGCAUCACCUGGAACUACCGCCCUGAGCCCGCAAACCAGAGUUCGAAUUCUUUUGCAACUUCCUUUAAGAAAAUUGUCUACAGAGAAUAUGAUGCAAAUUUUCAGCAGGAAAAACCACAAUCUAGAAAUUCAGGACUUCUUGGGCCUACUUUAUACGCUGAAGUUGGAGACAUCAUGCGAGUUCACUUUAAAAAUAAGGCCAACAAGCCCCUAAGCAUCCACCCGCAAGGAAUUAAGUACAAUAAAUUCUCAGAAGGUGCUUCCUACCCUGACCAUACGUGCCCCAUGGAGAAGAUGGAUGACGCCAUAGCGCCAGGCCGAGAGCACACCUAUGAGUGGCACAUCAGCGAGGACAGCGGGCCCACACCUGAUGACCCGCCAUGCCUCACAUACAUCUAUUACUCCUAUGAAAAUCUGAUACAGGACUUCAACUCGGGGCUGAUUGGACCUCUGCUCAUUUGUAAGAAAGGCGUUUUAGCAGAGGAUGGGAUACAGAAGAUGUACGACAAGCAGCGCGUGCUGAUGUUUGCCGUGUUUGACGAAAGCAAGAGCUGGAGCCCGUCGUUCUCCCUAAUGUACACAGUCAACGGCUACGUGAACGGGACGAUGCCAGAAAUAACGGUUUGUGCCCAUGACCACAUCAGCUGGCAUCUGAUUGGCAUGAGCUCUGGACCAGAGCUGUUCUCCAUUCAUUUCAACGGCCAGGUCCUGGAGCAGAACCAUCACAAGAUCUCCGCCAUCACCCUCGUCACUGCUACGUCCGCUACUGCGAACAUGACCAUGAGCCCAGAGGGAAAGUGGACCAUAUCGUCCCUCAUCCCAAAACACCUUCAAGCCGGGAUGCAGGCUACCAUACACAUUAAAAACUGCGCCAAGAAAACCCGGAAACCUAAGACGCUCACACGCGAGCAGAGGCGGCACAUGAAGAGGUGGGAGUACUUCAUUGCUGCAGAGGAAGUCAUCUGGGACUACGCGCCUGUCAUACCAGAGAACAUGGACAAAAAAUACAGAUCUCUGCAUUUGGAUAACUUCUCAAACCAAAUUGGAAAACAUUAUAAGAAGGUUGUGUACAAACAGUACCAAGACGAGUCAUUCUCCAAACGCCUGGAGGAUGCCAAUAUCAGAGAAGAUGGGAUCCUGGGCCCUAUUAUCAGAGCCCAGGUCAGAGACACACUCAAAAUUGUGUUCAAAAACAUGGCCAGCCGUGCCUACAGCAUUUACCCUCACGGAGUGACCUUCUCUCCUUUUGAAGAUGAAGUCAACUCUUCCUCCACCUCAGGCAGUAACACCAUGAUCAAAGCAGUGCAACCAGGAGAAACAUAUACUUACAAGUGGAACAUCCUAGAGUCUGAUGAGCCCACAGACAGUGAUGCCCAGUGCCUAACAAGACCAUACUACAGCAACGUGGACAUCACCAGGGACAUUGCCUCUGGGCUGAUCGGGCUCCUUCUAAUUUGUAAGAGCCGAUCCCUGGACAAGCGAGGCAUACAGAGGGCAGCAGACAGGGAGCAGCAAGCUGUGUUCGCUGUGUUCGAUGAGAACAGAAGCUGGUACAUUGAGGAGAAUAUCUACAAGUUUUGUGAAAGUCCCGACAAGGUGAACCGGAAUGACCCCAAGUUUUAUGAAUCGAACGUCAUGAGCACAAUCAACGGCUAUGUGCCUGACAGCGUACCCACGCUAGGAUUCUGCUUUGAUGACACCGUGCAGUGGCACUUUUGCAGCGUGGGAAUGCAGGAUGACAUUCUGACCCUUCACUUCACUGGGCACUCGUUCAUCUACGGAAAGAGGCACGAGGACACCCUGACCCUCUUCCCCAUGCACGGGGAGUCUGUGACUGUCACGAUGGAUAACGUUGGUACUUGGAUGUUAACCACCAUGAAUUCCAAUCCAAGAAGCAAAAACCUACGGCUGAGAUUCAGGGACGCCAAGUGUAACCGGAACGAUGAUGAAGACGUAUAUGUAAUAUACGAACCUCCAACAUCUUCCACCAUGACUACACGGAAAAUGCGCAAUUCUUCAGGAAACCAAGAAGAAGGGGAUGACGCUGAAUACGAUUACCAGGACAUACUGGCUUUAUCAUUAGGAAUUAGGUCAUUCAGGAAUUCAUCACUGCAUCAGAAGGAAGAUGAGGUCAAUCUCACUGCCCUUGCCCUGGAGAACAGCUCUGAAUCCCUUCCUCCAAACACUGAAGCAGCUAUUGGUUCAAAUUCUUCUUCCCCUAGUAACAUUAGCAGGUUCAUUGCAGGUAACUUUGCAGAAGAACCUCGCAAAACCCUUCCUCACCCAGAAGCCAACACAGUGGGUCCCCACGUGAGACACAUGAGCUUAGAAAAGAGCUCAGCUCUCAACCUUUCCACAGCAGAGCAUUUCAGCCCUUAUUCUGAAGACCCGAUAGAGGACCCUCUAGAUGCAAAUGUCACAGGGAUAAACCUACUUCCGCAUGGUGCAGAAGGAUUCAGAAGUCAAGGACAUGCUAAACAGAAGGGAUUUGAGGCAGGAAGAGAUGGAGCAGCAAAGCACAGGCUCUCCCAAUUUCCAGCACAUAAAACUGGGAGACAUUCAAGCCAAGGCGACUCUUCUUCUAGAAGGGGGCCGUGGAAGGACCUUCCCAGGCAUCAGUUAUUCUUAAAACAAAUGAAUCUAUCGAACGUUUUCAACGGGAAAUGGCAUUUGGUUUCUGAAAAAGGUAGCUAUGAAAUAAUCCAAGAUGCUGAUGAAGACAUGGCUGUUCGUGAGCCACUGAACAGCCCCCAGAAUGCCUCAAGGACUUGGGGAGAAAGCAUUCCUCUUACAAACAAGCAUGGAAAGCAGAGUGGCCACCCAAAGCUUUCUGGAAUUCGUUAUAAAACUCUACAAAUAAGACAGGAUGGAGGAAAUAGUAGAUUGAAGAACAGCACUGUUUUCAUUAAGACGCGAAAAAAGAAAAAGGAAGAGAAGCUUGCCCACCACGUUCCUCUGUCUCCAAGGAGCUUCCACCCUCUAAGGAGAGGGGCCAACGUCAUGUUUGCAGACUUACUUCACAAGUCUAAUGAAACAUCUUUCCCCACAGACCUCAAUCAGACAUUCCCCUCUGUGAAUCUUAGCCUGAUAGCCUCACUUCCUGAUCGUAAUCAGAAUUCCCCAAAUGACACCAGUCAGACAAGCUCCCCUCCAGACCUUCAUCAGACAAUGCCCCCAGAGGAACACUAUGAAACGUUCCCUAUUCAAGACCCUGAUCAAACGCACUUCACCACAGACACGAGCCACAGAUCUCCAGAGCCUGGCCAGAUGCUCGACUAUGACCUAAGAAAUAAGCCCUUCCCUACUGACAUUGGUCACACGCUCCCUUCCUUAGGACUUGAAGUCUGGCAGACAACCCUCUCUCCAGACCUCGGUCAACCAUCCCUCUCUCCAGACCUCAGCCAGACGACCCUUUCCCCGGACCUCAGCCAGACGACCCUUGCCCCGGACCUCAGCCAGGCGACCCUUGCCCCGGACCUCAGCCGGGUGACCCUUUCCCCGGACCUCAGCCAGGCGACCCUUGCCCCGGACCUCUGGCAGACAUCACCUCCUCCAGACCCUGAUCAGAUGUCCUAUACUUCUGAAUCCAGUCAGUUAUUGCCUCUUCCAGAAUUUGGCCGGACUUUCCCUAAUGGAGACCUUGGUCAGAUGUCAUCUCCACCAUCUCGUCCACUAAAUGACACGUUUAUACCACCGGUUGUGUUAGGCUUCAGCGGCGAUGACGGAGACUACAUUGAGAUUGUUCCCUGGGAGAAGGAAGAGAGCAGCGAAGACGACUAUGUUGAAAUUGAUUUUGUGACCUAUGAUGACCCUUACCAAACAGAUAUUAGGACAGACAUCAACUCCUCCAGAAACCCCGACAGCAUUGCAGCCUGGUAUCUCCGCAGCAACAAUGGAAACAGAAAAAAUUAUUACAUUGCUGCUGAAGAAAUAUCCUGGGAUUAUGCAAAAUUUGCAAAAAGUGAAAUGGAUAAUGAGGACAUUGACGAUGUCCCAGGGAGCACCAUAUACAAGAAAGUCGUUUUCAGGAAGUACCUUGACAGUACUUUUACCAAGCGUGACCCUCAGGGGGAGUAUGAAGAGCACCUGGGCAUCCUCGGUCCUGUUAUUAGAGCUGAAGUGGAUGAUGUCAUCCAGGUUCGCUUUAAAAACCUAGCAUCCAGACCUUAUUCUCUUCAUGCCCAUGGGCUUUCCUAUGAAAAAUCAUCCGAGGGAAAGACUUAUGAAGAUGACUCUCCUGAAUGGUUCAAAGAAGAUAAUGCCAUUCAGCCAAACAGCAGUUAUACGUACGUAUGGCACGCCACCGUGCGGGCGGGGCCAGAAAACCCUGGCUCUGCCUGUCGGGCGUGGGCCUACUACUCAGCAGUGAACCCGGAAAAAGAUAUCCAUUCGGGCCUCAUAGGUCCCCUUCUGAUCUGCCGAAAAGGGACACUUCAUAAGGAGAGCAACAUGCCCCUGGACAUGAGGGAGUUUGUCUUACUUUUCAUGGCCUUUGAUGAGAAGAAGAGCUGGUACUAUGAAAAGCCCCAAAGGUCCUGGAGACGUGCAUCCUCAGAAGGAAAACAGUCCCAUGAGUUUCAUGCCAUUAACGGAUUGAUCUACAACCUGCCGGGCCUGAGGAUGUACGAGCAAGAGUGGGUGAGGCUGCACCUGCUGAACAUGGGCGGCCCCCGCGACAUUCACGUGGUUCACUUCCACGGCCAGACCUUGCUGGAAAAUGGCACGCAGCAGCACCAGCUGGGGGUCUGGCCCCUUCUGCCUGGUUCAUUUAAAACUCUUGAAAUGAAGGCAUCAAAACCUGGCUGGUGGCUCCUAGACACAGAGGUUGGAGAAAACCAGAGAGCAGGGAUGCAAACGCCAUUUCUCAUCCUAGACAGAGACUGUAAGAUGCCACUGGGACUGAGCACUGGUAUCAUAGCUGAUUCACAGAUCAAAGCAUCUGACUUUUUGCGUUCUUGGGAGCCCAAAUUAGCAAGAUUAAACAAUGGUGGGUCAUACAAUGCUUGGAUCACAGAAAAAAUGUCAGUAGAAUUUGACUCUAAACCUUGGAUCCAGGUGGACAUGCAAAGGGACGUCCUGCUCACAGGGAUCCAGUCCCAGGGUGCCAAACACUACUUGAAGUCCUACUACACCACUGAGUUCCAUGUGUCUUACAGCUCUGACCAGACCAACUGGCGGAUCUUCACAGGAAACAGCACAAGGAACGUGAAGUAUUUUGAUGGCAAUUCAGAUGCCUCUACAAUAAAAGAAAAUUCAUUUGACCCGCCUAUUGUGGCUCGAUACAUUAGGGUCCACCCGACUAGGUUCUAUAACAAACCGGCCCUUCGACUGGAGCUGCGAGGCUGCGAGGUUAAUGGGUGCUCCACACCACUGGGUAUGGAAAGUGGAAAGAUAGAAGACGUGCAAAUCACAGCCUCCUCGUUUAAAAAGUCUUGGUGGGGAGAUUACUGGGAGCCCUUUCGUGCCCGUCUGAAUGCCCAGGGCCGUGUGAAUGCCUGGCAAGCCACGGCAAACAACAACAAGCAGUGGUUACAAAUUGACCUGCUCAAAGUCAAGAAGAUAACUGCCAUCGUAACCCAGGGCUGCAAGUCCCUGUCCUCUGAGAUGUACGUGAAGAGCUAUGCCAUCCACUACAGUGACCAGGGCGUGGAAUGGAAACCUUACAGGCAGAAAUCCUCCAUGGUGGCCAAGAUUUUUGAAGGAAACAGUAAUAUCAAAGGGCAUGUGAAGAACUUUUUCAACCCACCAAUCAUUUCUCGGUUUAUCCGCAUCAUUCCCAAAACAUGGAAUCAGAGUAUUGCUCUUCGUCUGGAGCUCUUUGGCUGCGAUAUUUACUAGAACUGAAUACUCAGAGAUGGGAAGGACUCGUGAAGGUAUCGAACCAUUUAGGGUGGGCAAUGCAUUUCAUGGCUAUCUUGAAUUCUCUAUUAGAAAAUAAAAUUUAUAUAUGAAGUUUUAUAAGGUAA